AGUUCGAGUCACUUCACCUUCGAGCCACUCCAUCCUCAUCCUUCCCUUUUUCCUUGUUCCAUUUCUUUCACCUUUGUUAUACCAUCAUGGCGUCAACAAGCGACGUCGAAAAACGCUACGAGCUCAUCACUCGCAGCCUUGCUGAGGUCCUCGGUGGUGACUCGAUCAAGGCACUUCUCGAGCAGGGCAAGACGCCCAGCUGCUACUGGGGAACUGCACCCACCGGACGACCACACAUCGGUUACUUUGUCCCACUCGUCAAAAUCGCCGACUUCCUUCGUGCAGGUGUAGAGGUUAAGAUCCUUCUUGCUGAUAUCCAUGCUUUCCUUGACAACCUUAAAGCGCCGCUCGAGCUCGUCAGCUACCGGACAAAGUUUUACGAAAAAGUCCUCCGCGCUGUCUUCACAUCGCUCGGCAUACCCACCCAGCGCCUACUUUUCUUCACAGGCCAGGAUUACCAGCUAUCCAAGGAGUACGCCAUGGAUAUCUACAAGCUCUGCUCCAUCUGCUCGGAGCGCGAUGCAAAGAAGGCAGGCGCGGAGGUCGUCAAGCAGGUAGAGAACCCAUUACUGAGUGGGCUGCUGUACCCUGGACUCCAAGCGCUAGACGAGCAGUACUUGGGUGUAGAUUUCCAGUUUGGUGGUGUGGACCAGCGCAAAAUCUUCACAUUCGCCGAGCUCUACCUCCCUCGCCUCGGUUACGCCAAGCGUGCACACAUGAUGAACGCCAUGGUCCCCGGCCUCAAGGGCGCCAAAAUGUCCUCCUCCGAGCCCGACUCCAAGAUCGACUUCCUUGAUCCGCCCAAUGUCAUCGAGAAGAAGAUCAAAUCCGCCGUCUGCGCCCCACGCGACAUCACCGAGAACGGCCUCCUCGCGUUCGUCAAGGCCGUCCUCAUCCCCAUCUCCGAGCUCCGCCUCGAGCGCCUCCGCGGCGAGGCCACCGAGGCAGCCGGCACGGCGCUCGAGCCCGCCGCCAAUGGCGCAGCGAUCGACACCGAGCUACCGAAGCCGUUCAUCGGGGAGGGUGCACCGGAGGGCACGGUGUUCACAGUCACGGGCGACCCCGCCAGGGGCGGCAAGGUCUUCCAUUUCAAGACUUACGAGGAGCUCGAGGCCGCGUACGCUGAGGACAUCGUCGGUCCGCAGGAGCUGAAGUACACCGUCAAGACGGCGCUCAUCGGCGUACUUGCGCCGAUUCAGGCUGCGUUCGAGGCGGACGAGGAGUGGCGCAAGAUUGCGGAUCUCGCGUACCCGCAGCCAACCAAACCGGAGCCUAAGAAGAAGAAGGAGAAGGUGUACCACCCGCCACCUCCGGGUAAGGGUAAGAACGCGAAGCAGCCAGCGCCAGAUGGAGUCGCUGAGGCUGCUCCAGCGGAAGCAGCUGCCGAGCCACCUGCGGCAUCAUAACUCCAUUACAUAUAAUCGUGUUUACUUAGAAAGGAGGUGCUGCGGGGCAACUCCUGGCAUGCCUGGCAGAGGGUGCUUUGUGGUAUGACUAGAGAUCAUGGUGUGAACUGUAAUUCUGUCUCGAGACAGGCUUCUGGCGUCAACGAGUGUCUUGUUCGUCUAAGCAUUGCAGGUGGAGAUGAUUGCUUAUAGGUACAGACUGUGCUUGAUGCAAAAAUUAUCCUUGGGCGAUCAUGUCAACCCUGGUUCGGAAAACUGUUUCUAAAAGAUGGCGUAUCAUCGAUAUCGACAAUAAAAUAGAUGAUAGGACAUGAUGGAUAUAGUUCAUGACGUAGAAUACAAGACGAAAGGAUGUACAGGCAACCUGC